CUCCUUCUCCCUCUCUCUCUGCAGGGUGUAGGAGGCUGAGAUGGCCUUCCCUGGCGAGUGGAGCUGCACUCUCUCACUCUGGCUCCUGCUCUCCCUGUUGCUAGGCCACACCCCGAGCAACCGGGCCCGCCCCUUCUUCGGCCCGCCCCCCGUGAACGUCGCCGUGGUGUUCAGCGGCUCCGCCUACCACGGUGAGAUCAAAGGUCGCCUGAGCCGGGAGAACUUCCUGGACCUGCCGCUGGAGGUGAACCCAAUCACGGUUCUGGUAAACGACACCAACCCACGGGCGCUGCUGGAACGCAUUUGCCAGACUGUGGCGCCAGAGAGUCUGCACGGCAUGGUGUUCGAGGACGACGUGGACUCGGAGGCCGUCGCCCAGAUCCUUGACUUCAUCUCCAGCCAGACGGCACUGCCCAUAGUGGGCAUCAAUGGGGGCUCAGCCGUAGUCAUACGACACAAGGCAGAGGGCUCCACCUUCCUUCAGAUGGGAGCGUCCAUCGAGCAGCAGAUCAAUGCCAUGUUCAAGGUCAUGGAGGAGUACAACUGGGGCAACUUUGUGGUGAUAACCAGCCUGCAUCCCGGCUACCACACCUUCGUGGACUACAUCCGCUCCUUCACCGACACUUCCUACUUCCUGUGGGAGUUACAGGAAGUGCUGAGCUUCGACAUGGCGGUGGGGGCCAAUGACGUGCGGUCGCGGCGGCUGCUGCAGCAGGUGGACGCCCAGGUGCUGCUGGUGUACUGCUCGCACGAGGAGGCCCAGUACCUGUUCCGCAUGGCGGCCGAGGUGGGGCUCAUGGGGCCCGGCUACAUCUGGGUGGUUCCGAGCCUGGCGGUGGGGAACCCGGAGACGGAACCGCCACCCAGCUUCCCCGUGGGCCUCAUCAGCGUCAUCGCGGACCGCUGGAGGAGGAGCCUGCGGCAGCGCGUGCGAGAGGGCGUGGCCAUCGUGGUGAAGGGCGUGCACAGCUUCUAUCGCAGCCACGGAUUCGUCCCCGAGGCCCACCGCGACUGCAGCAACCCCGCCCCCCCUCAUCUAAACGACACCCUCUUCAGGCACAUGCUGAAUGUGACGUGGGACCACAGAGACCUCUCCUUCAACAGCGACGGCUACCUGACCAACCCCUCAAUGAUCAUCAUCGCUCUGGACCGCGAGAGGCAGUGGGAUAAGGUGGGGACGUUUGAGCUGGGCAUCCUACAGGUGCGCUACCCUGUGUGGCCCCGCUAUGGCAGCUACCAGGAGCCCGUCUCCGAUAACCGGCACCUCACCGUUGCCACCCUGGAGGAACGUCCGUUUGUCAUCGUGGAGAGUGUGGACCCCACCACCGGAACCUGCGUACGGAACACCGUGCCCUGCCGUCGCCAGGCCAACCGAACAGAGAGUGUUGCGGGUCACACAGAGCCCUACACUAAGCUGUGCUGUAAGGGCUUCUGCAUCGACAUCCUGAAGAAACUCUCCCGCAACAUCAAGUUCUCCUACGACCUCUACCUGGUCACCAACGGCAAACACGGGAAACUGGUGCGAGGGAUCUGGAACGGCAUGAUCGGAGAGGUUUUCUAUAAUCGGGCCGACAUGGCCAUCGGAUCUCUCACCAUAAACGAGGAACGCUCCGAGAUCAUUGACUUCUCCGUGCCCUUCGUGGAGACGGGCAUCAGUGUGAUGGUCGCCCGUAGCAACGGCACAGUGUCCCCGUCUGCCUUCCUCGAGCCCUACAGCCCUGCGGUGUGGGUGAUGAUGUUCGUCAUGUGCCUGACGGUUGUGGCCAUCACCGUCUUCGUCUUCGAGUACUUGAGUCCCAUGGGCUACAACCGCAGCCUCAUCAGUGCCAAAGCUCUGGGCGGUCCGACCUUCACCAUCGGGAAGUCUGUGUGGCUGCUGUGGGGGAUCGUCUUCAAUAACUCGGUUCCGGUGGAGAACCCCAAAGGAACCACCAGUAAGAUCAUGGUUCUGGUGUGGGCCUUCUUCGCCGUGAUCUUCCUGGCCAGCUACACCGCCAACCUGGCUGCCUUCAUGAUCCAGGAGCAGUACAUCGACACCGUCUCCGGCCUCAGCGACAAGAAGUUCCAGAAGCCCCAGGAGCAUUACCCCCCAUUCCGCUUCGGCACGGUUCCAAACGGGAGCACGGAGCGCAACAUCCGGAGCAACUAUCCCGACAUGCACACACACAUGAUGAAGUACAACCAGAAGGGUGUGGAGGAGGCACUCAACAGCCUUAAAACAGGGAAGCUGGAUGCCUUCAUCUAUGAUGCGGCGGUGCUGAACUACAUGGCUGGGAAGGACGAGGGCUGUAAACUGGUGACCAUCGGCUCAGGGAAGGUGUUCGCCACCACCGGCUACGGCAUCGCUCUCCAGAAGCAAUCGCGAUGGAAGCGGCCCAUCGACCUCGCCCUGUUGCAGUUCCUUGGCGACGGUGACACACAGCGCCUGGAGACAGUGUGGUUAUCCGGUAUCUGCCAGAAUGAGAAGAAUGAGGUGAUGAGUUCUAAGCUGGACAUAGACAACAUGGCGGGCGUGUUCUACAUGCUACUGGUGGCCAUGGGCCUGAGCCUGCUGGUCUUCGCCUGGGAGCACCUCGUCUACUGGAAGCUGCGCCACUCCGUCCACACGUCCCCGCAACUCGACUUCCUGCUCGCUAUCAGCAGGGGUAUGUACAGCUGUUUCAACGGAGUAGAGGAUCUUGGGAAACCAGGGGGCAUGCAGACCCCCGACAUCACCACCAACUACGCCCAGGCCAACAUGCUGAAGAUGCUCCAGACGGCCAAGGACAUCGUCAGCUCCACCAAGGUGGAGAACUCCCUGGACAACGCCACCAGGACCAUCGAGAACUGGAGUCGCUACGGCGGCAGCCUGCCGGCGCGGAUGCCCCAGGUGACUGCCGUCACUGCCACGGAAAUGCUGCCGGGCCACUUCCCCUACAUCAGCAACGUCCCCGAGCAUCACCCGCCCCCCCUCUCGCGGCCCCCCACGCCCCCCUACACGCUGCAGUACAGCGACGCCACCCUACCGCCGCCCCAUACCCGAGUCGUCGUGGCCCGGCCCACCCCUCUGCGCUACACGCUGCCCGCCCGCGGAGCCGCCGCCGUCUACGACGCCAUGGUGCCGGUCUCCAGCCUCAGCACCUCCCACCUGGCCAUGCAGCCGCCCACACUCGACGGCGCCCCCUUCAGCGCCUACGGGGAGCUGCAGGUGCCAGACAUCUACGCGGAGCACCAGGAGGUGGCCGCGCAGGCGCCGGUGUGUGCGCGUCCGGUGGAGAGCCUCCUCCGCAGGAAGAAGCGUUCCCGUAGCUACGCGCUGGACGCCCUGGACCUGCGCCGCUGCCCGGAGUACACUGAGCCCCUGUGUGUGGCAGACGUUCGGCCUGCCAGUCUCUACGGGAAGAACCACGUCCUGGCGCCGGGGGCCGUGUACGUGGCGGAGCCGGGCGGGGCCAGCUGCAACUCGUGCGCGAGGGUGUACGGCGACCCGGGGGGGAUGGAGUUGCCGGGGGUGAUGGGGUUGCCGGGGGUGCCAGGGGUCCACGAGGACAUCCCCCUUAUCAGGAAACGCAAGGCCCACCGCCGGCCCUCCUUCCUGCGGGCCACCUGGGGCCCCGAGCGCGUCGUCCGGAAGCCCAGCGAGAGGCUCUCUGUGCUGGCUGCUCCCCACACGGACGUCGUCCCCGACCUGUUCCCGUGCGUGGAGGUGUACGAGCGGGUCGGCGGCGGGGGCCUGUGCUACCCUGUGGUGCAGGACCCCCUGUGCCUGGUCUCACGCCGCGGCCACUCACGCCACAAGAGCCAGAAGCAGAAGCUGUGGCAUUCGCAGUCCACGCGGCUGCCGUCCUACCGCGAGGCACUUCUCACCAACACCAACGCCGCGGCGGUGCGUCGCGCCACCAGCCUGCUCCAGCGCACCACCCAGCCCGCCCGCGUGACCUCGGAGCCCGCGCUCCCCGUGUGCCAGCGACCCCCCCUGCCCUACGGCCCCGUGGAGCUCUGCCACAUCUUCCCCUGCAUGGUGCCGCCCCGGGCCGACAGCGUCUACGGGGGGUACCGCACCCCUCACACCCUGCCCUACCAGGAGUCGCUGGGGGUGGGGGGGGUGCGGGGCGGGGUGGGGGACGGGGCGCCACAGAUGGUUUGGGGCCGGAUUUCUAGUUUGGAGUCGGAAGUGUGAGAAAGGACCUAUCACACACACACACACACACACACACAAGAAAUACGUGUUCACACAAAAACACACCUGUGCACACAUACUCACAUACACAAAAACACUAACAGACACUCUCUCUCUUACACCCACUUACACAAACCUACACACACAAACACACAGACUGGCUGUGACAGACCAGACAAACUCUCUGCCUUGUGAUCAAAGCAAAAAAAAUCUAAGUACCCACAGUUCAAAAUAGGCCUCUUGUGGCUAGUCCCCUCAGUGCGAUAAUGUGGAGCCACAGAGACAGGGACACAUUUGAACACCGGACUGGACACGUGGUGCCGGCCGCUCUGCUGACGGAGAGAGGAGAGAGAUAAAGAGAGAGAGAGAGGAGAGACAAGGACACAUUUGAACACCGGACUGGACACGUCGCUGGCCGCUCUGCUGACGGAGAGAGAGAGGAGAGGGUAGAGUCUAGAUCCUCUGCUGACGGAGAGAGAGAGCCGUGGGUCGAGUCUAGAUCCUCUGCUGAAGGAGAGAGAGAGAGGAGAGAGAUAAAGAGAGAGAGGAGAGGGUAUAGUCCAGAUCCUCUGCUGAC